AUGGCGCUCCCGGGCACCGAGACGAUCCGCUUCCGGCGCCCGACCACGGGCCCCAACGCAAUUGCGCCAAAGGAGGAGAAGCGCGACGAGUUUGGCUCCCUCGCGCCCCAGGGGUGGAAGAGGCGACACCAGGGCCUUCUCCAGGACCAGGUUGGCAGGCAGCAGAAUGGGCCCAUGGUGCCUUCGCUGUCGUUUGCGUUCCGCCUGCUGCUGCUCGUCCGCACGGCGGCGGCAAUGUACUCGAUCAUCUCUGACUGUGAUGAGGUGUUCAACUUCUGGGAGCCUCUGCACUACUUCCAGCACAACAGCGGGUUCCAGACAUGGGAGCAGUCGCCGCAGUUCGCGGUCCGGUCGUGGGCUUACAUCCUCCUCCACUGGCCGCUCGCGCACCUCGGCCCCAAGGCCCUCCGCCUCGGCAAGCGCCAGCAGUUCUUCGCCCUUCGUAUCUGUCUCGGUGCCAUUUCGUCGUUUGCCGAGGCCUCGUUCUUCCGCGCCGUUGCCGUCGCUGUAAACGAGCGUGUCGGUCGCUACGUUCUCUUCUCGAUGCUCCUCAGCGCUGGCAUGUGGAGCGCUAGCGUUGCCUUCCUUCCUUCGUCGUUUACAAUGUACACGAGCAUGCUCGCGGCGUCGUACUGGUUCCACCCGGCCACUUCGACCGCUACCGGCAAGAAGCGUGUCUACAUGGCCGUCUUCUUUACUGCUCUGGGCGCCAUUGUCGGCUGGCCCUUUGCUGCUGCCCUCGGCAUCCCCAUCAUCUUUGAGCAGCUCCUCUGCUCUGGCGGUGAGAUUGUCGAGCCUGCUGCCCGUUCGUCGUGGCGUGUGCGUCGGAUGAACACACUCGUCAAGGCGAUCCUGGCGUCAGCGUGCCUUGCGAUCCCCGUCAUUGCCGUCGACUCGUGGGCGUACGGCGAGCGUGUCUUCCCCACCCUCAACAUUGUUCUUUACAACAUGUUCUCCGGUAACGGACCCGAGCUGUACGGUACCGAGCCGUCGACCUACUACCUCGCCAACCUCUUCCUCAACUUCAACUUCCUUUCGCUGUUUGCUGUUGCGUCGCUCCCGGCCCUGGCGAUCACCUACCAGUUUGACUUCCGUCGUCUUGGCAAGACCCAGAUGAAGCCCAAGGUCGGCGAGUCGAGCCCCUAUGUCCUCCUCGCUACCCGCCUUGCGCCAUUCUACAUCUGGCUCGGCAUCCUGACCGCCCAGCCCCACAAGGAGGAGCGCUUCAUGUUCCCCGCUUACGGAUUCCUGUGCUUCAACUCGGCCGUCACCGUCUACCUCGUCAAGGGCUGGCUUGAGACUGCGUUCAUCAAGAUUACAAAGUCGCCCUACCGCGCCAGCCGCACCUCGUUCUUCUCGUACGUUUCGUUUGCUGCCAUCCUUGUGCCCUCGAUCCUGUCGGUUCUCCGCAUCAUUGGCAUGUUCUCGUUCUACCACGCGCCCUUUGACCUGGCCCUGCACUUUGAGUACCGCACCAUCCCCUCCAUCCUCGCCGGUCUCGGCUACUCGCCCAUCCCCUUCCCUCCCGACUUUAGGCCGAGGGAGGACGAGGAGGUCGAGCCCGAGUGGGACCUCACUCCCCUCCUGGAGCUCGACCCCCCCAUCACCCUCUGCUACGGCUCCGAGUGGCACCGUUUCCCCGGCUCGUACCUCAUCGAGCAGGGUAUCGACAUCCAGUGGAUCCGCAGCGAGUUUGACGGCAUGAUGCCUCGCCAGUGGGAGCAGUCCGAGGCCGACGGCUGGUGGCCUCGUACCGAGACCCGCGUGGUCCACCCUGGCCGCUUCAACGGCGAGAACAAGGCCUCGGCCGAGCCGGGAACCUACGUCCCGGUCGACCAGUGCAACUACCUCGUCGCGCUGCACCUCCCCUCGCAGGAGCCCACGGCCCUGCAGCCCGACUACGUCCACUCGCCCAAGUGGGAGAAGGAGUUCUGCACCACGUUCCUCGACGCCGCGUCGUCCAAGUGGUGGGCCCGCCUCGUCUGGCUGCCCUGGAACAUUGGAGACAGCGGCCGCGUCUACGGCGAGUACUGCCUGUUGAGGAGGGCUUAA